GCAUUACGGAAGUUUCUCACCGACACGCCGAGCAGGAGACAACCGACUAACAACAAACAUCAACGGUUACCCGCAGCAUCCAGCCGCCUCUCUCCGCCGGUCCCUCACUGCUCGGUUUAGCAGGAGCAGCUCCUCACCGGACGUUGUUCGCUGCUUCUGUUCGCUAAUGUAAAUCAUUUUAUUCACGUCCCCCGGCACUUGUUGUGGUUUCACGUCUGCCCGAGAUGACGAGUUACAAGGCGUUUCAUGCUCAGUUGACGUCCAUCAUGGAGGCGCUGGCCAAAGCGGCGGUGGCGGAGAUCUGCGAGCUGGUGGAUGACAGCUACGCCGUGUUGCAGCUGGAGAUCACCCGGAGCCACAAGGAGAACGAGGCGCUGAGGAGGAAGCUGGAGCUGAUCGAGAGCAUCAUCUCCCGGGGACACCGGGGGAACGUCGCGAUGCUGGAUUUCGGCGGGCAGGAGGCGGCCGGUGGGGGGCUGACGGAUUUCACUAUCGAGCGUGCCUUACCAACUGGAGUGGGGGCCAAACAGCCAAAAGCAAAUCUCAAAAGAAGUGGAAUCGUCCCCAUGUUGGAGGCGAAGACAGACCCGACCCCUGCAGCCAACGAGGAUUCUCCGUCAGUAGCUGCAGAGGAGCCAAACGAUCAAGAUGUUGUUUUGAUAAAGGAGGAAACCGCAAAAGAGGAAGUGAACGGCAGCGACGCCACAGACGAGCUGCUUCUCAACGAGGACGGAAUGGAGGUGCAGCGCUCGGACGCAGAUGACAGCGAGGAAGGACCCUCCGGGAUGAUGAGCUCCACCUCAGCGGCCGACAUCAGGCUGUGGGAUCAGAACAGUAACGGGCCGUCCGAGCAUCAACAAUCCCACGGUGUGCCGGGGUCUCCGGGCCCCACAGGGGGCGCCGAGAGCAACUCUUCAGACGUGGUGUUUGACUUGGCCUCGGAGUCGGACUGUGAAGCGUCGUCUGCAGUCCAGACGAGGAAGCCGUUCCUCUUCGGGCCCGGAGGGAGUCCCACCUCCCUGCCUGGGACCUCUGAGCUGAAGCGGAGCGUGUCUCUGAUCAGCUCCCUCCCCUACGACACAGAGCUGGAUCUGUGCUCCUCGUGGACCAAUCAGGGCCUGCCGAGCAUGGUCCCUCACCGGCCGACGCUCCUGGACAAAGUGUCAGACCUGAAUGCUGCAGGUUUCCCCUUAGCGCUCGGUCUCGGCGGAUCCAGACUGGACCCGCUGGAUCUGAACAGGUACUGCAGGGACAGGCGCUUCGUCUGCAGCUACUGCGGGAAAUGCUUCACGUCGUCACGGAGCCUCGAGACACACGUGCGCGUUCACACGGGCGAGCGGCCGUACAGCUGCGCUCAGUGCGGGAAGCGCUUCACGCAGUCGGGACACCUGAAGACGCACCAGAGCGUCCACACCGGAGAGCGGCCGUUCGCCUGCGAGCACUGUGGGAAAAGGUUUGCCGGGAAGCAGAACCUGAGGAUCCAUCAGCAGAAACACCAUGCAGCUGAGCAGAGUGCUGCUCCGGUUUAACUCGACAGGAAGUAUGCAACACAAACACUGUCAGAGCCGAACGCUGUGGUGUGACCAGCUGAAAUAUAUGCACUCGUGGUGCUGUAAGGCGCUGAGGAGAUCUGAACUGUGAUAGACCAGAACCUUACUGCUGUUACUGAACUUCUAAUUUAAAUAGAUAUUUUUUACGCUGAAGGCCUUUUUUAAAAAAAAGGUGUUUUUAGAAGAAUGGGUGCUUUUAGAUUGAAAAAACGAUCAAUAGUUAUGACUGUUUUCAUUUUGUCAGGCCUUACAUAUUUAUAACCAUCUCAACUGCCUUGCUAGAGACCUGAGACGAAGCAAAAUGGGACCACGUCCUGAUCCAGAUCAAUUCUUACCUCAAAAAGAACGUGGGCCGUUUUGGGUCCGCUUCAGUACUUUAGGCUCGAGCUGCCUGGUGAAAGUGAUUCCUGAAGAGAGCCAACACCUGUAAGAAGCAUGUGAGUGUUCAUUGGUUGGUGUAUAUCUGGAAUUAAAAGAGUGUGCCAUCUUGGAUGAA